UUUGUUUUUAGGUUAGAAUUUGAUGGAUACCAAUAAUUGGAGGCCUACUUCUCAAGGCGGAGAACCUGUCAUGGACACUGGUGAUUGGAGAAAUCACUUGCAGCCUGAUUCACGACAAAGAAUUGUCAACAAGAUUAUGGAUACACUGAAGAGGCAUCUUCCUUUUUCCGGUCAAGAGGGAUUGAAUGAACUCAAGAAAAUUGCUGGAAGGUUUGAGGAGAAGAUAUAUACUGCUGCAACAAGUCAGUCAGAUUAUUUGCGGAAAAUAUCUUUGAAGAUGCUUUCAAUGGAGUCAAAAUCUCAAAAUCCUAUGCCUAAUUCUUUGCCACCCAAUGCCGCUGGUAAUAGCAACAAACCGCCGGAUCAAGGAACUGGCGUGCAAAACCAAGUUCAUAACCAAGGGCAAUCACUUCCUGUCCCAAUGUCAGCGAAUCAGUCUCAACCACGCCAACAGCUUUUAUCCCAGAACAUUCAGAAUAACAUGCCAUCAAACGGAGUUCCGGGUUCUUCUGGAUUGCCAUCUGCUCUUCCUUCUGUCUCUGGUUUAUCACAGGCUCCAAUCCCCAGUGUUGUAAACCAAAAUUCCACCAUGCAAAAUAUAUCUGGUGCUUCACAGAACACAGUUUCUUCAAUGGGGCAAGGGGUGCCCUCCAAUCUCUUUGCCAAUUCUCAGAGGCAAAUGCAAGGAAGGCAACAGGUUCUUACCCCCCAGCAACAACAGCAGUCCCAGAAUCCACAACAGUAUAUGUACCAGCAGCAGUUGCAACAACAAUUUCUGAAGCAGAAGAUGCAGCACGGAAAUCUCUCACACUCACUAAUGCAACCUCACAUGCAACAGCAGCAGCCAAACAUACUACAGCCUAAUCAGUUGCAAUCUUCUCAGCAAUCUGGUAUGCAAUCAUCAUCUGUUAUGCAACCUUCCUUGAUCCAAUCAGCCCCUCUCUCUAGUCUUCAGCAGAGCCAGCAGUCGUCUGUUCAACAGUCAACACAGUCCAUGAUUCAGCCGCACCCACAAUCAGUCCUUAGGCCACAGCAACAGCAACAACAGCCCGUGGGUAUUCAUCAACAGCAAACACCAAUGACACUGCCUCCACAACAGCAGCAGCAGCAGCUAAUGGGGCAACCUUCAAAUGCUUCAAACAUGCAGCAGAAUCAAUUGAUUGGCCAACAAAAUAGUGUUAGUGAUAUCCAGCAGCAACAACAACAGAGGUUGCUAGGGCAGCAGAGUAAUCUUCCAAAUAUGCAGCAGCAGCAGCAACAACAACAACAGCAGCAGCAGCAGCAGCAGCAGCAGCAACAACAGCAUCAGCAGCAGCAGAUAUUGGCUCAGCAAAACCUCUCAAGUAUGCAUCAUCAACAAUUGGGCCCACAAAAUAAUAUUUCAGGAUUACAGUCGCAGCAGCAGCAACAGUUACUCGGAAAUCAGUCUGGAAACUCAAGCAUGCAAACUAAUCAACACUCUGUGCAUAUGCUACAACAAUCCAAGGUUCCAUUGCAGCAACAAAGCCAGCAGAGUGCACCUUUAUUACCAAAUCAAGGGCAGCAGUCACAGUCACAACAGCCACAGCAGCAAUUAAUGUCACAGAUCCAAUCACAGCCGGCACAGUUGCAACAGCAGUUGGGAUUGCAACAACAACCUAAUCAAUUACAACAAAAUUUGCAGCAAAGGCUUCAGGCAUCAAGUCAAGCAUCAGGUUCCUUGCUUCAACCGCAGAGCGUAAUGGAUCAGCCAAAGCAGUUAUAUCAAUCACAAAGACCCCUUCCAGAAACAUCAUCAACAUCUCUAGAUUCCACAGCCCAGACUGGACAAGCAAAUGGGGGUGAUUGGCAAGAGGAGGUCUAUCAAAAGAUUAAAGCCAUGAAGGACAUGUAUUUUCCCGAAUUAAAUGAUAUGUAUAACAAAAUUGCUACUAAAUUGCAGCAGCAUGAUUCUCUUCCUCAACAACCAAAGUCGGAGCAGCUUGAGAAGCUGAAAAUUUUUAAGACUAUGUUGGAGCGUAUUAUAACAUUCUUACAGGUGUCCAAAAGUAAUAUCUCACCUAAUUUUAGGGAAAAGCUGGGUUCCUACGAGAAGCAGAUUAUCAAUUUUAUAAAUACAAAUAGGCCCAGGAAGCCUGUUUCUUCACUGCAGCCAGGGCAACUUCCCCCACCUCAUAUGCAUUCCAUGCAGCAGCCACAGUCUCAAGUUCAGCCCCAUGACAAUCAAAUGAACCCACAGAUGCAAUCAAUGAACUUGCAAGGUUCGGUUGGAACAAUGCCACAGAACAAUAUGACAAAUAUGCAGCAUAAAUCUAUGUCUUCUAUGUCGGGGGUCUCAACAGCAUCACAAAACAUGUCAAAUUCCUUGCAGCCAGGUUCCAAUUUGGAUUCAGGACAAGGAAAUUCACUGAACUCAUUGCAUCAGGUUUCUGUUGGAUCUCUACAACAAAAUUCUGUGGGUACUUCUCAACAGGCAAACAUGAAUACUUUGUCAUCACAAAGUGGAGUUAAUAUGGUGCCGUCAAAUAUUAAUCCCCUCCAGUCAAAUUCAAAUAUGCUACAACACCAGCAUAUGAAACAGGAGCAGCAACAAAUGCUGCAGUCCCAACAGCGUCAACAACAAAUGCAACAGCGCCACAUACAGCAGCAAAUGAUGCAGAAGCAACAGCUAAUGCAACAGCAACAGCAACAGCAACAGCAACAGCAGCAGCAGUUGCACCAGCAAGCAAAGCAGCAGCUGCCUGGGCAGAUGCAGACGCAUCAAAUGCCACAACUGCAUCAGAUAAAUGAUUUGAGUGACUUGAAGAUGCGACAGGGGAUGGGUGUUAAGUCUGGGGCCUUUCAGCAACAUCUGUCGUCAAGCCAACGCGCAGCCUAUCCCCAUCAACAGAUGAAACCGGGAGCUACAUUUUCAAUUUCUCCUCCCCAAACAGUUCAGGCUGCAUCCCCUCAAAUGCCACAACAUUCUUCUCCACAGGUCGACCAGCAGAAUCUUCUUUUAUCACUCACAAAAACUGGAACCCCCUUGCAAUCUGCAAGCUCUCCUUCGAUCGUGCCAUCUCCUUCAACACCUUUAGUUCCAUCGCCCAUGCCUGGGGAUUCUGAUAAACCAAUUUCUGGUAUUUCCUCACAAGCAAAUGCUGGAAAUAUUACACAUCAACAGAAUUCUAAUACACAAGCAGCAGCACCGUCUCUUGCUAUUGGCACUCCUGGGAUAUCAGCAUCACCUUUCUUUGAUGAGUUUACUGGUCCUGAUGGCACUCAUGGUACUGCCUUGACUACUGUUUCAGGCAAGUCCAGUGUUACAGAGCAGCCUCUUGAGCGCUUAAUCAAAGCGGUAAAAUCAAUGUCACCUAAAGCAUUGAAUGCAUCUGUCAGUGACAUUGGCUCAGUUGUGAGUAUGAUGGAUAGGAUAGCAGGAUCAGCGCCAGGCAAUGGGUCUAGAGCUGCAGUUGGUGAGGAUUUGGUUGCCAUGACCAAGUGUCGUCUGCAAGCUAGAAAUUUCAUCACACAAGAUGGAAUGGCUGGACCCAGGAAAAUGAGGCGCUACACAAGUGCCAUGCCUUUAAAUGUUGUUUCUUCAGCUGGCAGUAUGAAUGAUAGUUUCAAGCAGUUAAAUGGUUCAGAGACAUCUGACCUGGAGUCAACUGCCACAUCUAGUAUGAAAAGACCAAGAAUGGAGGCUAAUCAUGCCCUUUUGGAGGAAAUAAGGGAAAUAAAUCAGCUACUUAUAGACACGGUGGUUGAUAUCAGUGAUGAAGAUGUUGAUCCAACUGUUGCUGGUGCUACUGCUGAAGGAGGUGAAGGAACCAUUGUCAAAUGCUCUUUCAGUGGAGUGGCUCUCAGUCCAAACUUGAAAUCACAGUAUGCUUCAGCACAAAUGUCACCUAUUCAGCCAUUGCGUUUGCUUGUUCCAACAAAUUACCCAAAUUGCUCCCCAAUAUUAUUAGACAAGUUUCCAGUUGAAGUCAGCAAAGAAUAUGAAGAUCUUUCGGUGAAGGCAAAGUCAAGGUUUAGCAUAUCUCUGAGAAGCCUUCCUCAACCCAUGACCCUUGCGGUGAUAGCAAGGACUUGGGAUGUCUGUGCACGUGCUGUGAUAUCUGAAUAUGCUCAGCAGAGCGGUGGAGGCAGUUUCAGCUCAAAAUAUGGGACUUGGGAGAACUGCUUGAGUGCCGCGUGAUCAUCUUCACAGACUCAAACUAAAAGAUUUACUCUGAUUAAUCAUGACACAUACAUAAUUCACCAGUUUCUUCUGCCAUGAUAGCUAAACAAGUCACCAGUUUCUUCUGCCAUGAUACCUAAACAAGCAGUUUUUCAGCCAGUCACCAGUGGCAGCCUCUCAAUUAUCAAGAAGAGCACAAAACCCAUCUUUGUGUUUGCACAAGUUUUGUCCUACUUUGAAUAAUGUCAUUACAUAUUUGAGUAAUGGUUUUGUAAUUACACAUUUGUUUGUCUGUAAUUAUGGUGCUGUGAUUCUGUAGCCUGUGCUUGUAGCAAAUGUGUUUUCUAGAACUGAUAUAUUUGCAGAUGAAGGUGUAUCAGUUUAGAGUUGCAAAUGCAUUUAGUUUCUUCAAUGUGUAAGCCACUUUGGUGUUGCAGCACUUGAGGGGUUUUGUUUC